CACUUCAAUUUUAACGCCAACCUCUCUCUCUUUCUCUCACACAUUUUCUCUCUCCCUUUCUCUUUCUUAGUUUUAUCUCUCUCCUCUCUCCUCUUUCUUCUCUCUCUCCUGUCUCCUCUCUCUCUUUCUCUUUCUCUUUCUCUUUCUCUCUCCUCUCUCCUCUCUCUCCAGAAGGGAAAAUAAACCCUAACUAAAAGAGCUGUUUACCCACAAUUUUGAUGGAUGACGACGGAUUGAACAUGAGGAACUGGGGUUAUUAUGAACCUUCUUCCCUUAAAGGGAAUCUUGCUCUGCAGCUUAUGUCAUCUGUGGCGGAUCGGGACACGAAACCUUUCCUUUCUGGGCGUGAUAGUGGUGUGAUGGGAGCUGCCAAUGGAGUGUAUCAUCCCCGGGAUUAUUUAAUUUCAGGAGCUCCUGAUCACAUGGACUAUGUGAGGGACAGUUGGAUAAACCAUCGAGACAAAUUCGUUCACAUGUUUCCGGGGAAUCCAUACAAUACUGUGCUUCCAGAGACUUCUGGAACUCAUCAAAUGCAGAUGCUGCAACAACCUGAACCUAGCAAGGAUGCCAGGGUGAGUGUGGAGGAUGUUGGUGUCAGAAAGGAGCCUGGUCCUGCAAAAAAGAGGGCAGCUGUUUCUGCCCCAAAGGCCCCUAAAUCAAAGAAGCCAAAGAAAAACCCUGCUGUGCCAAAGGAACCAACAAGUUUGUAACAAUCAGGUAGACCUGCACAGUGGGUACAAUUCGUGGACUGCCACUGCACCCGGUCUGUUUCUCCUGUAUAUAUAUCUGUGGCCUUCUGCAAAGGUUAAUUUGGCAUCCUGUAGUCCAUCAAUUUUACUGUAAUGAGGACAUCUGUCUUCAACUUCCAGAUAUGAUUCUCAAGAGGCGUUGUUUAAUUUCCUUUCUGUUGGUGUCAAUGGCUAGCAAGUUAUCUGGCCACUGAGUGUAGGAAUGUCAAUGACUUUUCCUUUAAUUAAUUGGAGAAUUUUUUUAAUUUUAAGUAUGUAUUAAUGAUCUUUCCUUCCUUUCUCUUAGUA